GACUAAAUUCGUUAAUGCACCGAUAAUCCACGUGACCUGAGAUAGAGGACUAGAGCAUGUGCUGAUAUUUGUGUUACUGACUUAACAGGUUAAUCAAGCAGCUUUAGCUCAUUAUAGCCCAUGAUGUUUGUCAGGGUUUAUGCUGUGGCUGUGUUAAGGAGAUUUCUCCCUCCAGUGUCCUGUUCAGCUCUCAGCACAAUCAGAUCCCUGAGUACAGGCUGGACCUUGAAAUCUGAUGCUCCUCAACAUAAACCUGAGCUUGACUUGGAUGUGUGGAAAUCAGUGAUGAGAUCCCAGGCAUCACAAGAUGAGAAACCCAAACACAGAGAAGAAGAAGAAGAAGAAGAAGAAAAAACCUCAGCAGGAGAAAAAGACAGAACUCUGCUGGAGGCGAGCCGCACACUGGUGGACAUGUGGCGACAAGCUGGAAAAAAGGUCCCUGAAAACAUGACAGAUGAACAACUGGAGACGGUCGCAGAGCUCGCCACCAAGUCCUCCAAGAGAAAAUACCUCAAGUACCUGGCUAUAAAAGAGGGUCAUAAGAAAGCCAACAGAGAGAAGAAGGAAAAAAAGAAAGCUGAGAGGUUGACAGACGUGGACGUGGACGAGGCAGGACGGACAGACAGGCUGGAAGAUGGCGAGGAGGACGGUGAAGAACCCAAAGUCAAAAACACGUAUCUGAUGCAGUUCUGGACUCGUUCUAUGGACAGAGCUUUAGGCUGGAGAGCAGCUCAGGCCAUGCAGUUUGGCCAGCCGUUGGUCUAUGACAUGAGCUAUGGCCAGCACAUGACGAGGCGUGAGAUGGAGAACACGAUCUCCCAGCUAAUGGAGAGUGAAGGCUGGAACAGGCGCUCUGUAAACCCCUUCCAUUUACAUUUCUGCAACCUGCAACCAGACGGCGCUUACCAGCACGAGCUCCUCAAACGCUACGGCCAAGAGACAUGGGAUCGUCUUUUCAUCACCGCUACCGGCCAGCGACACGUAGACAUGUUUCCACAGGAGGACCUCGUCUACCUGACUGCCGAUUCUCCCAACGUGCUCCGCACCUUCGACCACAGCAAGGUGUACAUCAUCGGCGCCAUGGUGGACCGAUCCAUCCAGUCCGGCAUUUCUCUGGCCAACGCUAAGCGCCUCAAUCUAUCCACGGCACGCCUGCCUCUGGACGAAUACCUGCACUGGGAAAUCGGCGCCAAGAACCUGACGCUGGACCAGAUGAUCCGCAUCAUGCUGACGGUCAAGGAGACGGGCAGCUGGGAGAAAGCUCUGGAGUUUGUGCCCAAGAGAAAACACGAUGGCUUCCAUCAGCAAAGAAGUAAAGACAGUGUGCAAAGAUCAGAGAAAACCAGUAAACCGGUGAGCGGGUUCAGAGGGAACACAGAGGGAGGACGAAGCCAAAUAUUUGUGAGUAAACAGAGACGUAAAAUCCCGAACACACACGAUGUCGCAGCCAAACCGACGUUCAUAUCGGAAAACGGAUCCGGACUGAGUGAACUGCGGAUCGCUCUGAAAAACAAAAUGGAGGAACGCAGUAAAGUAGAGUCUAAAAGGAACUGGUGGGAGGAAGAGUAACUUUAAAACAUUUGUGAUGUUGGUUUCAACAAAGAAACUGCUCUUGUCUAAUGAAUUCGACGUUUGACAAAUAAACUCUUUAAUUAUUGCUGUAA